AUGGCAGAAUCAAACGCUGUCUACCUCAUGACCGAGGUUAAGGCUCGUGACCAACAGCUCUGGGUCCAAGCUCAAGAUGCUCGCCGUCGCAAGCGCUACCACGAAGCAGAAAUGAAAGAGCAGAAGGCCAUCAUGCUGGAAAAGGAUGCCCUGAUUCAGAGUUUGCAGGAGCAGAUUUGCGCGCUCAAAGGUCGCGAAGAGAGGGCGUGGAAGGAAGAGACGGAGUAUCUGGGCUGGUUCCUAGGUAUUGAGGACUCUCAUGGAAAGUAUUAA